AUGAGAGGGUCGCGGGUCACGUUGCUGCUCGUCGUCGUGCUUGUCUCUGACUGCACUGGAUGGCUGCAUGUUGGCAUGACCGGGUUGGGGGCGAGGCGAAGUGGCAGGAUCAUCCUGCAGGCGAGAGGGAGUUACCAGCUGGAGCUGGAGAGGGUGACGAGGAGUGUCGUGCAUGAGUGUAGAACAAGAAACCUGCGGAAGAUGACCGACACCAGACAGAGGUUAAGGCCCUCAGAGCCCUUCAUUCGCCUUGACGGGGACGCUGUGGAUGCAAUGAGACAAAGCUGGGGCGGGAGCUCAUUCAGCCCCCCUAUGGUUGAGAGGAUGGUCGAGGAGCUAGCAAGGAACCACUUCUUUGUGCUGAGGUUGGAAGGAGAGUCAGCUGACAAACUCGAGUCCCUCCGCGACGUUGGGAGGGAGUUCUUCAGUCUGCCACAGGAGGAGAAGAACAGAGUCGGCAGGAUGGAGAAGGUGAAGGGCCUUCCUGGAGGCUCAAUAGGCUUUGCAAGGAUGGACAGCGGAGAGAAGCCUAGGUUUAGCGGCAAUGAGUUUCUCAGUGUGCGAGCCGCAGGUCAAGGCAACAUCGUUCCUUCAUUGCGGCUUGUCUCCCAGCGAGCCGACAGUCACGUGUUUGAAGCAUGCGACAUGCUAUCGCGGAUCGGGCUGGAGGUGCUGAGGGAGCUUUUCUGGCACCUCGGCCUGAGUAAGGAGGAGAUCAGGGACUGGAUCGACACGGGAAAUCACCCUGAAGGGGGGGCGCUGUCCAUGUCCGAGCAGCGUUUCUGCUUCUACAAUUCAAAGUCGCCAUGCUCCUUCGAGCCGCACGUGGAUCUGACGUUCCUGACGAUCAUCCCUGCCUCAAGCCAACCGGGGCUGGAGGUGCUUGACUCCUGCUUGCGAUGGCAGAGGCCGGAGUCUGACUUGCGGCUCACUGAGAAAGACAUGCUAGUGCUGUCGGGCCAGACUCUACAGUUGUUUUCUGGAGGAGCCUUUCCCGCGUCCAUACAUCGUGUGGUAUGUGAAUCGUCCAGUUCUCCGAAUGGCCGAUACAGUUGUCCUUUAUUACUCCGCGGGAAGAAGGACAAAAUUCAGAUUCAGUCAAAGAGAACAUCCUAG